GUCCAAUCCCACUACCAAAAUAGUUAAAGUGCGGCAGUUCUGCUACCGUUCGGGGAUCCUGCAGUAACAUGGGACUUCGCCUACUUGACCAGCUUUGGGACGACACCGUCGCCGGGCCGCAGCCCGACAGCGGUCUCGGGAAACUGCGGAAGCACAAAACCUUCAGUUUCCGGUCCAGCUCCGCCACUGGAUCGUCAGAUGGCGGGAACGUACGAUCGUACGGUGAGAAUUCGACGGAGGAGGCGAAAGUUACGAGGAGUAUCAUGAUAAUUAAGCCCCCAGGUUAUGGGAGCGGUAACGGCGGAUCAGCUCCGGUUUCGCCAGCUGGGUUCACGCCUCCGGCUUCGCCAGCCGGGUCUACGCCGCCGGUGUCCCCGUUUUCUGGUGGCAGGGAACCAUUCGGGCGGUUUCGAAGAAGGUCAGCAUCGGAUGCAUACGAGAAGGCGAGCGAGGUCGCUGGAGCAAGGAGCGCCCGUUCUCCUUACGACGUGUAACAUAUGAGUUCUUGUCCAAUCGAAAUCAUCCGUGAGAUUCGAGAUGUGAGCCCUCCUCACGGCAUGCGAUGAGAUGAACAUGUUUUCUGUGGACGGAUUAGCCAUGACUGGAAGGAAAAAGAAACUGUCUAGGGUUUCCGCGUAUUGUUUUGGGUGUUGUUUGUUCUGAGUUGCAAUCUAGUUGAUGUGCGACUGUAGAAGUGUAGUGGUUGAAUCUCCGCUGUUGCUAGGGUUUGGGUGUGUUCGUUCCGAGUUGCUAGGGUUUCCAUGUUGCUAAAUCUGCAUAAUCUCUGCUGUUAUUUGUAAAUAGUGUUUAAUUUUCCCUUGCAAGUUCCUGCUGUGGUAUUUUGAAUUAAUAAAACUGGAUAUUAGGUCGUA